AUGCCUUCACUAAAGGACCUCAAUUGCGUCAUCGAGCUAUCCGGGAGCCAACAAGCAUUGCGAGAGUUCGGCACCAUAUACGGCGACGGGUUCGUAGAAACCUUCGUCCCUGUACCCAACAAGCCACAGUCUUUCUCUAUCCACCUCACCUCCAACAAGUUCAUCGCUCCCGGGGUUGCGAUCUUCGUCUACGUCGACGGCGUUUAUCAGUGCAACCGCAAUAGGCAGGAUUUGAAGCUACGGAAGCCUUCCGAUAGUCGCUCUCUUGUCGACUUUCGCGUAAGGCAGAAGGAAGAGAGGCAAAAAGAUGGGUCGAUGAUUGCGAGGGAGUGGGCUUUUGAUAAACUCAACAUUGCUUCAGCGGACGAUGCACCGAAUAUUUGUUCGCCAAACGUUCUCGACAACAUAGGCUGCAUCGAAGUCGUCGUUCUACGAUGCGCCGGUACGCGCAAUGCCAAAUCUGCCUCAACGAUGAACUUUGAUGGAGCAGGAGAUUUCCCAGAUCACCGGUUUGGCAUAGACGAUAGCUCAUCGCCAUCUAACGAGAGGUCUAUGUACGAUGAUCGUGGCCCCUUCUUCAGCAACUUUGGCAAUAGCCAUGGUCCACCACCGCCUCUCCCGUCUUAUCGCUCGCCAUACGCCGAAACGGUACGUAGCCCGCAAGGCUCGACAUCGAGAACUCAUCGCACUACAUAUGGAGCUCAGGAGCUCUUCCCUCCGGCGGCUAUCGUAAACCACUCGCGGCCACAUUCCAGAUACUCAGAGCCUAUCAGUCCGGGGGCGCGGCGCACCAACGACCUUCCUCCGUCAGGGUUUCAGUAUGGUAGCGGUCCUAUCCCGCGUGACGGAGAACUAUAUAACACACAUCCUCCUCAUGUCGGAGCGGUGCAACCUCCUAGCGUGGAUCCGAUGUGGUUGAACAAUCUUCUUACGACGGCAGUGAAGCAGGGAGUGGAGGAGUCAGGACGGAUGGACACACAAUCUGAAGGGCAGCCGAAGUACAAGGAAACAAAUAUUGAUGCGAAGUCUGCAACUCAACCACCAGGAGCAUGGCCCGAAUCUCCAUUCGAUGCUCCAACACAACCACAUCAACACAUAGAGCAGCCAGCCUUUUCCUCACGCGAACACAAGAGUGAGCACGGUCCAAACUGGGCCAAGCCACAGCCUGGCUGGGGCGAACGACCUCCACGAAGUAGAGCGGGAACCCAUGUUACCUGGAACGCUGAGCCUGCUUUCGAGACCGACUCCUCCAAUUUCGGCGGAUGGAACGCGCGGGAAGACACCCCGUCCGAUACCUGGGACACUGGAGAUACUUGGCCGACCAACAAGGCAGCUGAAUGGGACGCCUCCAGUCAACAGGGAAAACUCUGGCAUCCUGUUGCUUACGCUGGUCCGCCUGCUCCGGUAAUGGCCACUCCAGAGUGGGACGCUGCUGUUCAUGAGGCGAUGAGGAAGCCCAGCAACGUUCCAAGUAACGUUUUCCCAGCCCCGUACGCACCGUCGAUGAAGGAAUUUGUUCAGAGCACAGCUGGUGACAAACUGGGAGGUGAUCGACCAUCUUCGCUUGCGUCUUGGGGUAACGACAAGAACGAUCACACCGACAAACCUUCUUGGGGAAAGGCAACUGAGAAGAAUCUCGGCUGGGGCAAGGAUACUGAGAACGGUUGGCAAGAAAAGAACACCAAGGAGAACGACAAGAAGGGUUGGUACUCAACCGAUGAUGAUCAGGCCGGAGGCUGGAACGAGGCCGAUGGCAACAAGAAGAUCCAGGCGGGCAGUGACUGGAACAGGAAAGACCACGGCUGGGAUAACCCCCCAUCCUCACCAAAACAAGAGCGAGUCGACAAGAUGAACGACUGGGCUGGUCUCAAAUCCGCCUUGACAUCCGCUUUCGCCAACCCACCAACCCCAGCACCAGAAGCCCCCUGGCCAACCCAAUCAUGGAGCUUCCCCGCCGACAACGCCGUAAAGCCCACUCUUCAACAGCCAACGCCUACACCCUUCGCCUCCGCUCCAGCACCGCCAGCCCCGGCAUCGGAGAAAGGCAGAUUGCCUUCUCAACGCAUGAGCAACAAGACCCUCUCAAGAUACCGACCCAAUCACAACUUCCCCUCCCGCAUCCAUCCCAAACCCACGCCAAACUUCACAGCGCAACCGCACUGGCAGUUCCCUCCUGCGCCAUCUACCUCUACACCCAAGAACGUCCUUCAUCACUCCUCCCCGAACGAUACAUACAUCGCACCCGCAGAACCGCGCCUCACCAUCAGCAAAUCCACAUCCAGCAAAAGCGGUAUCGAACACGCCGUGCGCGCAGGUAAAGCAACGGAGUACGGUCAUGUAGUUGGUCGACCUGAGUAUCUGGAUAGGUUGGAGAAGCCGUAUGCGGUGUUUCGGUUUAAGUAUCGGAGUGAGGGGGUGUUGAGGGGGUUGGGUGUGCUUGGGGAGGGUGACAUGAAGCAUUAUGAACAUGGAAAGAAGGAGAAACAGGAGGUAGAAAAGUUGAAAGGCAUACCGCAGGAGGAACUCAUUGCGAAGAUGUUGGCUUUGGAGAGAAAGUUGAAGGGUAAAGAUGAUGGGGAGGGUACUACGGUUGCGGGUGAUGGUGGGAAGGAGAGGAAGCACAGUAAGACCCACGCCGAUAAGGAGAAACAGAAGCAGAAGCAGAGGAGGUCAAGUGAGAAAACGGAUGCACAUGGCGACGGCCGGGUGAAGGACUUCACGGAACAGUGGGUUGAGCGGCAUUCGAGAGAUCCGAGUGUGAAAGCGAAGAGUGCGGCUGUUAAGGAAGUAGGCUGGGAGGGAGAUAAGGAGAGGAAGGAGAAGGAAGUAAUGGGAACGUGGGGACAGGAUGCGGAUGAGGGAUGGGGAGGUGGAGGUAUGAAAUGGUAG